CGCUUCUCAUGUUUAUUCUUAAGCCAGCCUGAAGAAGACUAAGUUUGUUCGAAACGUUGCAACCUUGGCUUGUAUUAUUUUUUUAUUAAACCGAAGUUGAUCGGUAUAUCUUGUUUCCUAGUUUAUUAUUAGCAUAGCCUCCCAGUAUUAGCAUAGCUUGUUAGCCACGUGUGACGGAGGUACCUUCUGCAACGGGCCGAAUCACACCAGGACCACAGUAAGCCAUGCCACCGCGCCCACACGACGACGGAUGGAUACUGGUGCAGUCCAGAGGAGGCAGACGGAGGGAACGGGCCUAUGAACGCGACAGGCCACAGAACAGACGUGCAGCUGCGGAUUUUUCCAGCUACCCACGCCGAGACGGACGCCGAUCCUAUGCGGACGUCACUAGAGAGGGAGCCCAUUUUCUGGAGCCGACCUUCUACGGCAGACAGCAGACAGCUGACCAGACAGCAGAAGAGGACCCACAUGCUGUGAUUGAGCUGGCUCCAUCAUCACCUCCAGUGAACCAGCCUCCCUCCACGAGACCACCGAGCUCAGCUGCAGCACGGCCACCCCCUUCACCACAAAGCAGCAGUCAUCAGAUCACCACGAUCGCCCAAAUCCACGCAGCGCCUCCACCUGCGCCAAUCUCCCGGGUUUCAGUGGAGACCAUGACAGAACCACAACAGGAGGACUGGUCACCUCUGUUUGACCUUGAGGAGGCAAGUGAAACAGAACUUUCUCCUCCCACAUCCCCGUCUCGUCUUUCUCCUGUAAUCCCUCUUCCACCACGCAUAAAUCGCUCUCAAAUAAGCUCUACGGCAGAAAGUGUCGUACGAGUUCUCGACAUGCAGAAGGCUGACUCUGAAGCCGAAGAGGAAAUCACUCUGGAGCCAGAACCAGCAGAUGAGCAGAUCACAGCGCUGAGCCAGAGAAAAGGAAGCCAACGCUCCUCCCACAGAGAAGGGAGUCCUCCUCCUCCCGUCCAAACCAGCACCAUGGAGAGCAGAGGGUACCACACACUCACCCCUGCCACUCUCUCCAAGCUGAGAUCCAGCGUGCAGUCCAGACUAGCCGUUGAGCGAGCAGAGCAGACGACAACUUCUGCAGCAGAAAUGCAGGUGUGUGCUCCAACACGACACGACAACACACCCCGCAAAUUUACAGAGUGGCACCUGCACAUACAACAGAAGAAGGUCAUCAUAGGAGACUCCAACAUCAGCCGCCUCCCACCUUUCAAAGGUGGAAAUGUACAAUUGGACAGUUUUCCUGGCGCCAGAUGGCAUCAUGCAGAAUUUCUCCUGAAGACGGCCACCUUCCAGACGGAACCAGAGGUUCUCCUGCUAUCCUUCGGCCUCAACAACAGAUCCCAGAGGGAUAAAAAAGCUCCAGUGAAAGAGAUGAUCAAAGCCCUGACGGUGGCAGGACAGAGAUUCCCAGACGCCACGAUCCUCGUCCCUCACGUCAGUUUUUCACCUCACCUUUCACCAGAUGAAAAAGCCGUCCUGAUUCAUCUGAAUCAACACAUCCAAGAACUGACAGACUACAUCCCCCCACUCAGUGGCUUCUUUGAGACCCAAACUGACAGCAUCCACUGGACGGCAGCUACCGCGAAGAGGAUGCUGGAACACUGGGCUUCGUGGUUAAACUGAAGCUCCCUUUAAGCCUCUCACAGAGGGAGGGGAAAGAUGGAGUCAUGAAUCUAUGUGAUAACUUUGUUCUUUCUCUUACACAGCUUUCCCUGCUGAGCAGAGGUCUUACUUUCAUCCCUUCCAAAUGUAACAGUAAGAAUUUGACCUUUCAAUCCAGACAUGACUUACAGGAGUACCAUCGCAGAAUUAAGUUAACUGUUCACUAUAAGGACAAAAGCAGCAUCCAACCUCAGCCAUUCACACUGAAAUCUGACUGGACACCCCCAUCUGCUACUCUCCCACCACAAAUUAACCGUUUAAUAGACCAGGAUAUUUCAUACUUUGAGAAUGAUUUUAAAAUCAUUCAUAACACUCCAAAUUUGAGUGGUGAGGAAACCAAAGCUCUAAAAGAAUUAGCCCAAAAUAAUGAUAUAGUUAUUAAACCAGCCGAUAAGGGCAGUCUAACAGUAAUUAUGGAUAAAAAAGAUUAUUUAUAUGAAGGUUACAGACAGUUAAAUGAUGUAACUUAUUAUCAUAAACUCAAUAAACCCAUUUAUUUAGAUACAAUCCCUCUAGUAGAUACAAUUAUUAAUAAUUUACUGAAAAAGAAAUUUAUAAAUAAAAAACAAAAAACUUACCUGCAGGGCAACUCGCAACCGAGGCCCAGACGUUUGUUACCCAAAAUCCAUAAAGAUCCCCAAAAAUGGACCGUUCCAUCUAAAAUUCCUCCUGGCAGACCCAUUGUUUCAGACUGUGAAAGUGAAACCUAUUAUACAGCAGAAUAUUUGGAUUUUUUUCUGAAUCCGUUAUCUAAUAAACAUGACAGUUACCUUAAAGAUACAUAUCAUUUUAUUGAAAAAAUUAAACAACUAGUAAUCCCAGCAGACUCCUUUCUGUUUACUAUGGAUAUUGAUAGCUUAUAUACCAAUAUUGAUCAUAAAGAGGGCAUUGACAGUAUUAAAAGAAUUUUUCAAAAAUACCCGGACAAAAAACGACCAGAUAAAGAAUUACUCCAAUUAUUAGAGAUUAAUUUAAACAGAAA